ACCACAGUAUCAACACAUUCUUGAGGUUACUUCCUCUAUUUUCCCAUUGAUUUAAAAGAAUUCAGCAUUAAGAGGUGAAUUCGAAAAUUUUUAUAACAAAAAAAACAAUAAUUCUAAUUAAUUUCCUCCAUUUUCCGCAAAUAAUCCCCACAAAAUGCCUUUAAUCAUCAUCACAGGCAUCCCCUCGAGUGGCAAGACCCUGAGAACUCAAGAAUUAAAAUCAUUUUUCUGUGAUAAAAACAAAAAAGUGGAGGUAGUGAGUGAGAUUGAGUUGAUUAUCAAAGGUGGCUUUACCAAGAAUGAAUUCUACAUGGACUCGAAGAAGGAGAAGGCGAUCAGGGGUGAGAUCAGGUCUACAGUGCAGAGGACACUGAAUUCCAGAGAUGUUCUGAUUGUCGACGGGAGCAACUACAUCAAGGGCUCCAGAUACGAGCUCUAUUGCUUGUCAAAGCUCUACAAAACUCCACAGUGCACAGUUCAUUGUGAUCUUCCUGUGGAACAUGCUUGGUUGAUGAACUGUGGACGAGAAGAGGGUGAACGAUAUGUCAGGGAUACCUUCGACGCUCUUGUUUUGAGAUACGAAACCCCAAAUAACAAAAAUCGCUGGGACAGUCCUCUCUUCUCAGUGACUCCAGACGACAAAUUACCUCUAGAAGACAUCUACCAUUCCCUCUAUUCGGUCGAUGCACCGAAACCCAACAUGAGCACUCAAUCUCCUGCUGUUUCUGCAACGAAUUAUCUUUACGAGCUGGACAGAAUUUCCCAGGAAAUUGUCAACGCAAUCAUUACUGCAGAUCAAAUGGGAAUAACAAACGGUAUAAAGUUGCCUUCGUACGAUUUAACUAUCGAGAGGAGCACGAGUGCAGCGCAAUUGACGAGACUGAGGCGACAAUUCCUGACGUACAGCAAAAUGCAUCAAGUUGAAUUGAACCAGAUAGCCCAAUUGUUUGUACAGUAUUUAAAUAAAAGUAUAUGA